CGGAGAUGCGGGGCUGCGACCGACCAUGGUGCCCCGUCAGGCGUCCUUCUUCCCGCCGCCAGUGCCCAACCCCUUCGUGCAGCAGACGCAGAUGAGCGCGGCGACCCGGCUCCAGCUCUCCAAUAGCUUUGAAAACCAACAGUCCGCAAUCACAGUGAAACCCAGCUACUAGACGGGGCAGAGCAGAUUUGGAAUCCUUCAAAACCCAUUUCCAGAGAAUUUUCCUUAUUUGAUCUAUCUGGUAGCUUCCUGGAGGACCCCACGUGCAAGGAUAUCUUUAUUUGACCUGCCUUGGAGUUUACCAUAUGCAAACAGCCUUUUCUCUGUCGAAAACAAUUAGAAUAGCUUAACAUCGCAGCUUACCGAAGUAAUGAAGACAGUUGGAGCCAAUAGUAGGGUAACCAAAAAGCUUCAGAGGAAAAGCUUGGAAAUGAGAUGUCCACAAAGGAUUUUGAAAAGCUUUGACUUAUUCCUGGAACUCUAGAAGGCUUAAAUUUUUUCUUCAGUUCUUUCAGCUUGAGAAAUGCCAAGUGUGUACUUCCCUUUGGGUUGGUUUUCUACCUCCAGGUCUUUGCACAUGUCAUUAUAAUAUAUUGUAUUCUGGAGCCGCCCCUUGAAAUUUUCCAUCAGGAUUGGAGGAAGAUUCAUUAACAACCUGCGUUCUGCAAAUGACACAAACUUGCUUGCUGAAAGUGAAGAGGACUUCAAGCACUUAGUGAUGAAGAUCAAAGACCACAGGCUUCAGUAUGGAUUACUCCUCAACAUAAAGAAAACCAAAAUCCUCACAACUGGACCAGUAAGCAACAUCAUGAUAAAUGGAGAAAAGAUCGAAGUUGUCAAGGAUUUCAUUUUACUUGGAUCCACAAUCAACACCUAUGGAAGCAGCAGUUAAGAAAUCAAACCAUGUGUUGCACUGGGCAGAUCUCCUGCAAAAUGCCUCCUUAAAGUGUUGAAAAGCAAAGAUGUCACUAAGUUUCACUUGACGCAAGCCGUGGUAUUUUCAGUCACCUCAUAUGCUUGCAAAAGAUGGGCAAUUAAUAAGGAAGACCAAAGAAGAAUUGAUGCCUUUAAAUUAUGGUGUUGGCAAAAAAUACUGAAUAUACCGUGGACUGCCAAAAGAACAAGCAAUUCUGUCUUGGAAGUACAACCAGAAUGCUCCUGAGAAACAAGGAUGGUGAGACCGUGUCUCACAUACUUUGGACAUGUUAUCAGGAGGGAUCCCUGGAGGAGGACAUCAUGCUUGGUAAAGUAUUUUUUUUUUUUUAGGGCCUGCAAAAAAGAGGAAGACCCCCAACAAGAUGGAUUGGCACAGUGGCUGCAACAAUGAGCUCAAGCGUAACAAAGAUUGGGAAAUGGUGCAGGACCGAGCAGUGUUUCAUCCUGUUGUACAUAGGGCCGCUAUGAAUCGUACUGACUCGACAGCAUCUAACAAGAACAACAAUAACAAGAACAACAUCAUGACCAACUGAUUUUUGACAAGGAUGCCAAAACAAUGGGGUGAAGAAUAGUCUUUUCAACAAAUGGUACUGGAACAACUGGAUAGGCACUUACAAAAGAAUGAAGUUGGAUCCUUACUCAGAUCAUAUAAAAAAAUUAAUUCAAAAUGUACCAAAGACCUAAACCUAAGAAUUAAAACUAUAUAACUCUUAGAAAAGAACAUAGAUGUAAAACUUUGUGAGUUUGGGUUAGGCAAUUGUUUCUUAGAUAGCCACAAAAACCACAAGCACUCAAAGGAAGAACAGAUAAAUUGAAGUACAUCAAUAGUAAAAACUUUUGUGCUUCAAAGCACACUACAAAAAAGUGAAUAGUUAACGUACAGAAUGAGAGAAAAUAUUUUUAAGUCAUAAAACUGACAUGGAUUUGGUAUCAGAUAAUAUAAAGACCUUAUCAAUACAAAGACAACCCAGUUAAAAAAAAAGGGCAAAGGAAAUGAAUAAACAUUUCUCCAAAGCAGAUUUAGAAAAUGGCCAAUAAGCACAUGAAUAGAUGCUCAACGUCACUAACCAAAAGGGAAAUGCAAAUCAAAAUCACAAUGAGAUACUACUUCACACUCAUAAUGCUUAGGGGACAUUGAGCCUUAUGUUAAAGAUUUUUCUUCUUGGAAUUAUCCUGCUUCCAAUCCGUGCCUUAUUGGUUGCAUUAAUUUUACUCCUGGCAUGGCCAUUUGCUGCAAUUUCAACAGCAUGCUGUCCUGAAAAGCUGACUCACCCAAUAGCAGGUUGGAGGAGGAAAGUUACUCAACCAGCUUUGAAGUUUCUGGGUCGUGCCUUGUUCUUCUCAAUGGGAUUUAUAGUUACUGUGAAAGGAAAGAUUGCAAGUCCUUUGGAAGCACCAAUUUUUGUUGCUGCCCCUCAUUCAACAUUCUUCGAUGGAAUUGCCUGUGUCAUCGCGGGGUUACCUUCCAUGGUGUCGCGAAACGAGAAUGCACAAGUGCCUGUGAUUGGCAGACUGUUACGGGCUGUGCAACCAGUGUUGGUCUCCCGUGUCGAUCCGGAUUCACGAAAAACCACAAUAAAUGAAAUAAUAAAGCGAGCAACAUCAGGAGGGGAAUGGCCCCAGAUACUGGUUUUCCCAGAAGGUACUUGUACUAAUCGUUCCUGUUUGAUUACUUUUAAACCAGGUGCCUUCAUUCCUGGCGUUCCAGUACAGCCAGUACUCCUCAGAUACCCAAACAAACUGGAUACUGUGACCUGGACGUGGCAAGGAUAUACGUUCUUUCAGCUUUGCAUGCUCACUUUCUGUCAGCCCUUCACAAAGGUGGAAGUUGAGUUUUUGCCUGUUCAAGUACCUAAUGAUGAAGAAAAGAGUGAUCCUGUCCUUUUUGCCAAUAAAGUCCGGAAUAUUAUGGCAGAUGCUCUGGAAAUACCAGUUACAGAUCACACCUAUGAAGAUUGCCGAUUGAUGAUUUCAGCAGGACAGCUAACAUUGCCUAUGGAAGCUGGGUUGGUGGAAUUUACUAAAAUUAGCCGGAAACUGAAAUUGGAUUGGGAUGGUAUCCGUAAGCAUCUGGAUGAAUAUGCUUCUAUUGCAAGAUCCUCAAAAGGAGGAAGAAUUGGAAUUGAAGAAUUUGCAGAGUAUCUGAAGUUGCCCGUUUCAGAUGUCUUGAGACAACUUUUUGCCCUCUUCGACAGGAACCACGAUGGCAGUAUCGACUUCCGAGAGUAUGUGAUUGGCCUGGCUGUCUUGUGCAACCCUGCCAACACAGAGGAGAUCAUCCAGGUGGCAUUUAAGCUCUUUGAUGUUGACGAGGAUGGCUACAUAACAGAGGAAGAGUUUUCCACCAUUCUGCAGGCUUCUCUUGGAGUGCCUGAUCUUGAUGUUUCUGGUCUUUUCAAGGAGAUAGCCCAAGGAGAUUCUAUUUCCUAUGAGGAAUUUAAAAGUUUUGCCCUAAAGCAUCCAGAAUAUGCUAAAAUAUUCACAACAUACUUAGACCUCCAGACGUGCCAUGUGUUUUCAUUACCAGAAGUCCGGGCAACUCCCUCAGUUACAAGUAAUAAAGUAAGUCCUGAAAAUCAUGAAGAAAGCACUUCAGACAAAAAAGAUGACUGAAAACAAAUAUUCUCAAUGAGGAAGACUCCAUGGCUUUCACUUGAAAUUGUAAACAUGUUUAUUGAUAAUAUUUUAAAUGUGCUAGUUGAGUAAUGAUGAUGCUUAAGAUGGAAAGUUUUUUUUAAUAAAAAUGAUAAGUUUUCUUACUGAAAUUGCUUUUAUUCACAUAUGUAUAACAUGUUCAUUUUCUUUUGUGUUAUAUUGUACUUUACUGAUUGGUUUGCUAGUGGUAUAUAUGAUGUUUUUAUGGAUUUUCUGGUUUAAUAUGCCUAUCUAGAUGAAUGCAAUGGCUUACUUAUUAACUGGUGAGGAUUAGUCAACACUGUAAAGAGUUUCAAAAGUAUAAACACUUUUAAUCUACUUUCCUUUAAAGAAAAAAAGUAAUGUUCUCCUAUCUCUAAUCCAUUGCCAUUCUGGAAAUGAGAAUGAAGAGUCUGAGGAGCAUAGCAGAAUUUUUUAUAACUUCAUAGAUGCAUUUUUUUUCCAUUUACAUUUCAGUUUCUGAGAUCACUGAAUAUGGGUGGGUUGGAAAGGGGAGCUCCAUUAAUUAGAUGACACUUCUUAAGAGCUCAUAUUCACUUUAGCAUGCAUCUGUAUUACAGAUUUCUUUAACCAUCUGCCAAGGAAAUCAUAUUCUUUUAUACGCUUGAGGUUUACAGGUUUGGAGCUUUGUUUUAAAGACAGUUACAGAUGCCAAAGGCUAAGUGGGAAUUGCCUUAUUGAAGGUAACAUUGAUUGCCUAAUGAGAAUAAUGAAUUGUUGGCCACAGAGUUGAAUUUAAUUUGAAUUGGAUGGUUUAGAAUGUAGAGCUUGUUCAAUAAAUGAAUCAGAUUUGCUCUAUUUAUAUAAUAUUAAGAUUAAUCUAUUUUACCAUCUAAGUGGGAGUUUUAUUUUAAGAGUUCUCUCAGAUUUUAGAGUUUGUCUGAAAUGUCUGUAUGGAAAACACAAGAGACGUCAAAGUGUCACCAGAGUCUAGGGAAUCAAAAAACCCGAGACUGAAACUCUGGCCCCAAACAGGAAUCUAACAGUGACAUUUUCCCUUUAAGUUAAGCAUUAUUUCCCACAAGUGCCAUUUUUAUUGGGUCUCAUGCAUGUAUACUGUUAAUAUUAUGUAUCAUUUAUGUUUAAGAUUUUGACAAAGAAACAAUUUAUUAAUGUAAUAUAGAAAAUAGUUGCUUCAUAUUCUGAAUUCAGUCUUCGAAAUCAAACUCUUUGUUCUGGCUAUGUGUCUGAAUGUAUUGGUGAUUCACCCCCAGGCUAGUUUUUUAAAACUAUCUGUGAAGUAGAAACAAUCUUCACCAAAGUCUCAGGAGAGUUGUUGAAGUUUAUAUUUGAUCAAGAAUCAUGAUUUCAAGUUAGUUUCAAUAUUAAGCAGUAGUGUUCUAAUUUAACCGGUUAAAAUGUAUUUGGGAAUUGAGUAUCAAAAACUUGCAUCCUCAAUUAUAUAUAAUUGUUUGCUCUUUAUUUCUCUUAGAGCUAUUUAGACAAGGCAUUAAAUGAACUGAAAAUAAUUGUUUAAAAAAUCAGGACAGUUUAUGUUUAUAAUAGUGUUUGUCGUAUGCAAUUGAAUGUAUGUAAUACUCAGGUACCAUGAUAUUUUUUUGUUUUUAGUCACAGGAAAGCCAUAUAGUUAUUGUUAAUAGUCAUUAAAGAGUGGCAUUGUAAAUUAAAGGUGUUUUUUUUAUAUAUAUAAGAGUCUUGUAAAUGAUGCCAUCGUUUUGUUUUAAAAUAAUAUUUUAUGCUCUUUUAAUUCCUCUAGUCUGUCAAUGUAAUAUUCCUAUUUUAUUAUUAUAUUACCAAAUAAACAAACAUGCUACAUAAAAUCA